CGCAUCCCGUUCUGCGCAGAAUUAUGGCAUGUAUUCCUCGUGAAGAGAUUCAAAUGUUAAAAUAAGUGUCCAUUUUUGUGUUCGUUAAAUUACGUGUUAUUGUUGUAUUAACCGAAUUUGUGCAUUAUCAUGUUGUAAUGGUUUAAAUUGUAUGUUCAUGAUCAUUUAAACAUAUUUCAACAGUAUUAUCUAUAGAUUACAAUAUACAAAAAGGUUUUAACGAUAUGCAAAAUUUAGGCAAGGACAUUUGUCUAAAGAUCGACGAAGCCGUUCAAGACACAAUAAAUUUUUUAUUAAGUGUCACACAAAGUAAUAUAAAUCAAACUGCUUUUAAACUUAUAAGGCAAAUUACAUGUAAACGAAAAAAUAAAGUUAAAGGCACUUUACAUGGGAAAUCACUCGAACUAAUGAAAGAGCCAUCCGAUGUGUCAAUACUGUUACCGCACAAGUCUGCAGACGUUCUCGAUGCAUGGAAAACUCUUGCACCUACAACGACUUUAGCAAGAAGAAACUUCAGAAGUUCGGUGUUAGAAAUUGACGACCAUGAUAUUGUUGUAGUGCUGGAUACGACAAAACCGAGUACGGAAUACAAAUAUCCCAUCCCAAAACCGACAUACGGCUCUCAACGUCUAGAUAUUGAUUUAUCUGAAGUUUCUUUAAAAAUCACGCUACUUCCACCUACAGCACCGAAAGAAGUAAGCGAUGAUUCUCUGUAUUUAAACGAUAGGUAUCUUACAACCGAGAUUAAUAAGGAAUAUAACAAAAUAAUGCACAUCGAAACAAUUUUCAAUUCGCCAAAUCGGAUUAUCAAUAUUGGAAAUUGUGAGGAAGCUGAUAAUAAGGAGCAGGAAGGUGUAGCACCAGAAGAAAUAAUGGAACAUUCUUCUGUGGCUUUUGAAGAUGUGGGUGCUUCCAAUCACAUGACUACAAUACCUGACCCAGUGAACUCACCAAAUAAAUCGCCUUUUUUCAUUAUACACGAAAAAAAUAAUAAUACACCCUCAGUUGUGAAUCCAUUGGAAGUUUCGUACAUCGAUGCACAUGAAUUUUCAUCUAUCUGUGAUCGUACAAAUGAUGCCAAUGAACGUUACUUGUGUAGUUUAGGUAACAACAAUUUUAUUGAUAGUGGGAUAGAUGUUAACAAUAGUAUUAUUUCAAAGAAUUCCAUCCAUCUUAAUUGUGAUGAAGUCAAAGCUGGUCUUGAUUUUCCGCUUAGUUCUGCAUUUAGAAAUGACAAUGACUUAAUCCUAAUUGCUGAUCCAAAUUAUGAUUGCAUUUCAAAAGGUGACAACAAUCAAUCUGUACGAGAGUUCAUUUUCAGUAACAAUUGUACAGAUCAAACUGUCUCUACCGACACUUUUUGUCAGCAUUCAAACACUGCUAACGGCCAACCGGAUGAUCGAGAAUUUAUUUAUAACAAUCAUAAUGUGUACAUGGGAGCCUCUCAUACUAAUGAUUCUUCUGAAUCUCUCUCAAUUUCUCUGAACCUCAAAGGUGCAACCAAAAAUGAUAAUUCAUGUGCAUAUGAAAUGGUGUCCGGUCCGUUUACAAACAUAGACACUAAUACGCCUGCAAGUUUUGACUGUGUUGAGUUUUCAUGUAAUAACAGUCUGAGCAUUAUCUGUGAAUGCAAUAACAAUAUUGACAUUCAUUAUGAUUAUGAGGUGUUUCCUGAAUAUUUACUUCCAAGUGGUGUUUCCGAAAUAAUAUCUAGUGAUGACAUUCCAACAGAAAAUGACAACUGUAUCAAUAGCGUGGUAGCUGAUGGUGUAUUUAUUCUAAAUAGUGAACAACAUUUCUUAGAAACUGACAUACAAAAAAUAAAUGAAGUUCAUGAUUUUUGCCCCGAAUUUAUGCAUGUUGAAGAAUUAUUCCCCGGUGACGAACUUCCACAGACCGAUCAGCUAGUUCCUUCUCAACCUUUACUCAAUGUUGAUCCUUUUGGUUGUGCUACUAAUGGCAAUACUGAUAUUUGUACCGGAACAACUGAUCCUGGAUGUUCUCUGUUGGAAUCUGAUAACGGUAACAUGAACACCAAUGAUGAUGUACCAAUGUUGGUAGGUAUUAACAGUAACAAAAUUAUUUUAUCCGAAAUUACACCAGAGAAUAAUAUUCCCGAAAGUAGUGUUGAUUCAAAAUUAAGUAGUAUAAUGGAAAUAGAUGUGAAUCAAGGUUUAUCCCUGCCAGCAGAUAUUAUCAAAAGUCCUCAGCUUGAAUCCUCCACCGUUUCACCAAUUCCCGUCAAUCCUCAAUUAGUACGUGUACUCCUAGUCGAUUUUAUUAAGUAUCCAUUUCAUUCUGAACUCCCAAAGUAUCUAUUACAUGAUGCCAGAAAAGAGGUUAGUCACCAUGACUUGCUUAUUGAAACAGAAGUUUCAUCCAAUAACACUGAAGCUUCUACUCUUCCAUUAUCUUCUGAUCCUGAAAUUACUACCCCAGACUUAUUUAUUGAAACAGAAUCGAAUAACACUGAAGCUUCUAAACUCCCAUUACGUUCCGACCCUGAAAAUACUAUACCAGACUUAUUUAUUGAACCAGAAGUUUUGUCACAUAACACGGAAACUUCUGAUCUUCCAAUACCGUCUGACCUUGGAAUUACUAACAAAGACUUAUUUAUUAAAACAGAAGUUCCUUCCAAUAACACUGAAGGUUCUAAUUUUCCAUUACCUUCCAACAAUGAAACUUCUAAUUUUUCUUUACCUUCCAACACUGAAACUUCCAAUUUUCCAUUACCUUCCGACACUGAAGCUUCUAAUUUUUCAUUACCUUCCGACCCCCAAAUUAUGAACCAAGACUUGUUUAUUGAAACAGAAGUUCCUUCUAAUAACAUUGAAGCUUCUAAUUUUCCAUUACCUUCCGACCCUGAAAUUAGUGACCAAAACGUAUUUAUUGACACAGAAGCUUCUAAUCUUCCAUUAUCUCCCGACUUUGAAAUUAUUGACCAAGAUUUACUUAUUGAAACUGAAGUUCCUUCCAAUAACACAGAAGCUUCUAACCUUCCAUUAUCUCCUGACUUUGAAAUUAUUGACCAAGACUUAUUUAUUGAAACAGAAGUUUCGUCUAAUAACACUGAAGCCACUAAUCUUCCAUUACCUUUUGACUCUGAAAUUACUUGUCCAAAAAUCUAUAAUGAUCCUUCAGUUUCAUCUGACCCCAAAUUAACCAAAGCUGAUCCUCUGACUAGUCUAGAUUUUGCAAAGGCUAAGCAAACCUUAUCAGCUAGACAAUGUAGUCAAAACUGUGCGAAUAUUUUUUGCGCUCAUAAGCCAGGGUCACAUAUCACUAGUUUGGAUAUAGAUAGUCAGAUAAGGCAAGAUGCAAUUACUUCUAGUCAAAAACAUAUUGAACCUGAAAGCGAAUCUGGAUUUAUUAUAUUUGGUGGUUCUAAUGAUCAGUUGAGUUUUCUGGAGGAAACUAGCGGUAAAGAGUCAAAAUUACCUUUUGAAUGUAAUUCAAGUCAAAAUAAACAAAUACCUAAUUCUACCACUAACUCUAGUCGAUCCAGCAAUGUUACAGUUAUUAAACAACAAGAACAAUCUAAGACAGGUGUCAAAAGAUCUGCGGAACCAGAUAAUUCACAAAAUAAACGUCAAAAGUCAGAAAAAACCCACAAAAGUGAAAGUAAAACAGCAAAUCACACAUCAUGCAGCAAUAACAAGUCACGUUGGCCACUGUAUAACUUUUCAAAACCGGCAGAUUGUUUCCAGGCUGUCGAAAACGCCUGGGAUGGUCUGCCAUUACCAGAUCCACAUGAGAAUCUCACCACUCGUUAUCACGACAUACCUCCUAAUUUUUACACAAAUUUCAGUAUCGCAGGCAGUGACUUUCGCACGAUUGAUUGCUUAUGCAUAUAUGAAAUGCAAAUUGAAAAGGUAGAGCGGAAAAUUAGAGAUAUAGAGUAUAAUCUCGACCAGUUUAGCUUUAAUUGGAGCUACAGAUGUAUUAGGCAAAAUUUAAAUGAGCUGGAGAGGUUAAGGUCUAUUCGCACUAAGCUUUCGAGUGCCUGUGAGGAGGCGCACAGAUUUUAUGCGUACUAUAGAAAUCGCCGCACCGGUUGGAGUGCAUGGCAAAUUUCCGAAUAUCAAAAGAAUGAGAUGGAACAUAUCUUACGUAAUGCUAUAGAUAUGUAUCCUUCUUAUUAUGGCACUGUGUAAUAUGUGAGUUUUUCUACAUUAGAAAUGUAUAAUAUUAUCAACACGCACAAAAUCGAAAAAUGAGUAUUUUUAUUUUGUGAGUGUUAAAUUUCUAUUUUUUAUAUUUAUAUAGCUUUUGUACUAUUAGGUCAAUACAAUGACAUUUAUUUAUAUAAAUAAAAAUUAAUAAA